AUGGGUAUGCAAGCCCAGGAAAGGACCGCAGCUUAUGCUCAGGCUGCUGAGGCCGCGCCGAUUGUUGGUAAUGGAGGAAAUCAAGCCCAGCAGGAGAAAGCUCAACCAGCACGGGUUAGGCAGAUGCCCCAAUUGGUGGAGCAAUUCAUAAAGUUGAAGCCGCCUAGAUUUCACGGUCGUGGUUACCCCGAGAUGGCACCAAGAUGGGUAGAGGAAUUGGAGAAAACUUUUAAGGUGCUAGGGUGCACCAAUGAAGAGAAGGUAACGUUGGUAGUUUAUCAACUUCAGGAUAGUGCCAAUGAUUGGUGGAAUGCCACAGAAGGCAGAGUAUUUCCUGUCGGAACAGCCCCGACUUGGGCGGUGUUUGUUGAGAACUUUUAUGACAAGUAUUUCUCGAAAAAUGCUCAGGAAAAGAAAUUGAUGGAAUUUAUGCGUUUACGUCAAGGUCAGAUGACUGUUGACCAGUAUGAAGCAGAGUUUGCAAGACUGGCGAAAUUCGCAUCGACAAUGGUAGAAAAUCUGAGAAAUAGAGCUCGGAGAUUCCGGGACGGACUGAAGCCGGAUCUUCGAAGCCAGAUUUUGUCGCAUGACAUUAAGGACUACGGGGAGAUGUAUAGACGGGCUCAGAUUAUGGAGCGGGAUCAACAGGAAAGGGCAGCCGCUUCGAGAUCGCGGUUUGCCCAGAAUCGAGAUAACCGUCGUCUUGGGAAGAAGCCAAUGGUUGGCAACAGACCAUUUGUUCCCCCUGUUAGGCGAAAUAUUGGGAAGCCAAGUCCCCAGCCAAGUAGGUUUGGAGUGUGCUUCAGGUGUGGGAGUACGGAGCACCAGAUCAAAAGUUGCCCUCAGAUGCAACCCUCAAGACCACCUAUGAUGUCCCAGCAGCAGCCCCGAGCAGGGAAUCAAGCCAGGAAUCCCCCACCGGCUAAUUAG